GCUACUUGUUGCACAUGUUUCUGCAGCUCCACAUCACUUCAGUGACAGCAGGGACGGGGCAGGUGUUCAGCUGACAGUCGCACAGAUUAUCGAAAGAGAGAGGGGAAAAAACAGACCAAUAAAACAUACAAUACAAUGAGAGCGGUGUGUGUUUGGUUGUUUGUGGUGCUCUGGAUGUGCAGUCCUGACCGGGCAGCAGCGGAACACACACUCAACGACUCCUCACUUCAAGGAGAUGGGAUGUUUUCUUACAAGGAGCAUUUACUUAAUGUGUCGGGGCAGCUGAAUAACCGGACUACUGGAUUCUUCCUCCUGGACUUUGACGAGGGGAUGCUGGAGGACUGGCGCUCUCUGGCCAGUAAGAAGCGCCGGGGCGGGGAGUCGCAGGACGGGAGCGUCAAGGCGCUGCUGGUGGCCGCUUACUCUUUGAUCAUCUUGAUCUCCCUGUUCGGGAACACUCUGGUGUGCCAUGUGGUGGUGAAAAACAAACGCACCCAGUCCGCCACCAGCUUGUUUAUUAUGAACCUGGCAGUGGCUGAUAUCUUCAUCACUGUUCUCAAUACGCCCUUCACCCUGGUCCGAUUCGUGAACAGCACCUGGGUGUUUGGGAGGACAAUGUGUCACAUCAGUCGCUUUGUACAGUACUGCUCCCUGCACGUCUCCACUCUCACACUCACUGCCAUUGCAUUGGACCGACGACAGGUGAUUUUACAUCCUUUGAGACCACGCAUGUCCCUGGCACAAGGAGGUGUUUGGGUCGCUGUUAUAUGGAUAAUGGCCAGCUGCUUCUCCCUCCCACAUGCAAUCUACCAAAAACUAUUGACUUUUACAUACAGUAAGGAAAAGGAGCGCAGCCUGUGUGUCCCUGACUUCCCAGAGCCUUCAGAUGUCUACUGGCAGUAUAUUGACCUCUUGACCUUCAUAUUGCUUUACAUGCUGCCACUCGUCAUCAUCACUGCCUCUUACACCACAGUAGCCUGCAGACUGUGGAGCCACAACGCCAUUGGUGACACCACAACAGCUCAGCACGCCGCCCAGAGAAGAAAGCGCCGGCGGACGUUGGCCAUGUUGCUCCUGGUGGUCGGAGUGUUCGCUGUCUGCUGGUUUCCACUCAACUGCUACGUGGUGCUGCUGUCCAGCCAGGCCAUCCACUCCUCUAACGCCCUGUACUUCUGCUUUCACUGGCUGGCUAUGAGCUCCACCUGCUACAACCCUUUCAUCUACUGCUGCCUGAAUCCCACCUUCCGCCAGGAGCUGAGGCUCCUCUUCAACAUGUGCAGGAGGAAACAGAGGGCGGUGGUCGGGUUGGAGCCGGAGCUCCGCCCCGCUGCUGCCUGCGCUCCUCGUCAGAGGGUUGCCUGGCCUGAAAACCAUGAGUCCUCAAGGCCAAGGCAUGCUUUGUCCCAGCCGGGCCACACCUCCUCACAGCAGAGUCAUGCCUCUUCCAUUCAAUCCCACAACCUAAAAGAUACGCAUGUGCUCUUCACCGCCAGGCAGUUCCUCACAGGAAGAACUGACAUCCUCUCAGUGGAGCCCAUUGUGGCUGUGAGCUGAAACAGCUGGCGCAAUGUGAUGGGAUUUUCAUAUGUGAGAUUCAUAAUCCUAUUUCAGGAUUUCAUCAAGUUUCAAAGAGGACAGGAAAUCUGAAAACCUCAGAGAUGUAUAGCUGGGCUCCACACAUGAUUUCAGUGCGAGCGAGAGAUGGUUUUUGUAAUGGCUUUAAACUGAAGACACUGUAAUCAUAAAGUGAUUUCCUUGUGGUUUUGUCCAACUUUUUUCUUUCCACUGUGUUUAUUACACUUUUUUCUAUCUCCUGAUUUGGUCCAUAGUUUGUCAAGAAUUGAGGCCCCAGCCCUUAAAAGACUGACAAAACAAUCUCGCCACAAGGUUCUGGAGCUUUCAGUCUUAUCAUGCGAUCUCCCUCGGGUGGAGUUUGCCCAGUUGUUCAUGUUCAAAUUUCCAUUUGUUUUCUGCAUUUUAAGGACUUCUCCUUCAUGUUGGUGAGAUUCCAUGUUAAUUUCGGAUCAUUGAAAGUUGGCAUCACCACAAAGUCCAUUAGGUAGAUGUUCUGGAGCCUUUGAUCAAUUAAAAAAAUGUCUUAAUGCUGUUACAUCACUGACACUAUGAUAUACAAAACAGUGUUAAUGUAAUCAGUGCAAAGAGGUGCAAACUGGGCUCAUUCAUCAUGUUACAUUACAUUAACUGAAGUUUGUUAAUACUAUAUUCUUAUGAAAAAAAAAAUUUCUGGCAUUGAUGUUGAUGUUCUAAAGUGAUUGUUUGGUCUGUGUGUGACUUUUCUUUCAGCAGCCUUCACAGGCGGGUGGGGUAACAGCAAGGUUCAUUAAUACCUCAAAACCUCCCUGAAACUGUGAAAAAAAAACAUCUUGAAAGCAUAAAGGGGGACGUCACAACUUUGGUUUUCAAUUCUGCCUGCAAGCAGAGAAUCUCAGUGGGUGAACAUGUUGAGAACGAAAUUGUGUUCCCAUUGAUCCACAGGCCACUUAAAACCCGUCCUGUUGCACAUACUAUUUUUCUGUUUAUCCUUUGAUUGAUAUUUAGCCAGAGGGUUUAUAGAACAUGCACCAGGGAAGAAAAUAUACCAACCAGACAUUACAGCAGUGUAGGUGACUUACCUUCCUCAUCACACUGUCACGGUAUUAGUAUCAAUAUCUAUACCAUAGACUGCUUUAAAGCCCCUUCACACUGUGUGGUUUGGGGCUCUCUGAAACAAUAGUUGAUAAUCAGAGAAACAUGGUAAAAAUCCAGAACAAGAUUUAGGACCAAAUUCUCAAAAUUAGACUUUAUGCUAUGACCCACAAACCAACCAAUGAUGCAGAAUGCUGGCCAGUGCGCUGUUUCAUAAGCGCCAUUUAACCACCAUUUUUGUUUAGGAAAAAAGUCCUCACAAAACGAUGGAGUAAAAAAAAAAGAAAGAAGAAAACCUUUUGCUGUAUUUCAAAACAAAACAGCAGAUGGAUGACAGAGCUGAUGAUUUGCCUCUGCUUGUAUGUACUUUUUUAUAAUUACAUCACAUCAUUAAAACACAUUGAUUCCACAAUCUGGCAUCAAAUUGAUAUUGUGCAGUCUGACUCAGAUUGCGACUGAGGCUUUAUCAAACACUCAUACAGAGUGACAUGCAAUGGACUCAAUAGUGCACAGUCUAGUUUCAAAGCUGCUUUCAAGAGCAAGCUUAUAUUGCCACUUUUGUCAGUCUUGUUUAUGCUUUUAGGAAUUUGAAAAAAGUAUUUGGUGCGCCAGGUUGACAAUUUCACCAGUACAUGAAGACCAAAUGUGACCACUUUAACUUUGGCUCACUCUGUUAAAAGCUUGCUAAAAAGCUCCAGGUGCAUUACUGUGUGCAUUUGUUGAGGCUGAACAUCAAAGCGAGCUUGCAGUUCAUUUGAUAUCACUUGGUUUAUUUUUGUCCACUACCUUACAUUCAUAUUUUCCCAUGUAUCCAUCUAAUCAUGGCUGGAAUAUGUAAUCUUGAAAUUACUGGAAGGCAGACUAUUUUAUUGUAUACCUCAGGUACACAUCACAAGAAUGCGCACAAGUCCUACAGUGUCUGAAUUGUUGUGUUUCCAACCAUUGCAUACACUUUUUCCAUCUUUCUUGUGUCUUCAAAGGCCUGAUUCAUGCUGGCACCUUUUAUACAGUGUGUAUGUGGCUACUUCACUCUGACAAUGGAAGGGAGAAAACUGUGUUGCAGUCAGUGCACAUAGAAAAUAUGUACAGGUUAAUUGCUCAUAUAAGCUGGAUCAUCUUUGUUUUUUGUUCAGCUUCGUUUUCUGCUCAGUCACAAUCAAAAUGUGAAAAACACAUUUUCCUUUUGAGAGAUUAGCAAAGAAAGUCCAGGGCCUAUUUCUACUCUAACAUCCUGCCCUCCUAUCAUAAUAUGGGUCUGAGAAACAUGAAGUGAACUUCUGAUGGUGUUCAUCCCAGGAAGCUGCAGUGCUGAAAGGGCAACCAUAAAUGCACUGCAGACCGUUUCCAGCACAUACAGAGUAAAAGGGAACUAAAACAUUUAGCUGAGGAUGGAGAUUUGGUGUAACAUCCGUACUUUGUUUCCACAUCAUCAUACAAAUUGUUUUAAUGAGCUGUUUAUUAAAAACGUGUUUAUACAGUGAGUGUUUCAUUCUAGCAGUUAGUUAUUAAAAAUGCGAUAAUCAAACAGAUUUUCGACUAUGUCCUAAUGACAAUCACAGUUGAAAAUAAAGAUUUUUGUGGUUAAAAAAUAUGUUAUAUACUUUUAGCUUUGGAGGGUUCUGCAUGACAUUAUUGUGAUGCAGCAUUGUUGGAAUCAGAGACUUCACGGCCACUAAAACAAAACAUAAAUGGCUUUGAAAGAAACAGAAAAAUAUAUAGUUUUGAGUGUUCAGUGUUUCUUGUGAUUGAAAUAUCUUGUGCUUUGUCUAAGAAAGUCAAAAUGGUAAAAUGUGUGUACAUGUGCAUGUACUUGUACAUGUACAACUGUUAUGUAAAAUAAAAACUGAGAAAAUUGUUAGACAUUUUUGUCCAUGAAUCACUUUUAUUUUCACUUUGUAGUGAUCAAUACCCCUUAUUGAUCAAUAUGCCAAAAGAAAAUCUUACAGUUCAGGAAUAUGUGUAACAUUAGAAGUGUAUUUUUCUGUCUGUAUGUGUCUGUGUUUUUAAAAGUCUGUGUAACAUUUAAAAGAGUGUGUUGGUAGAAAUGGAAUAUAAUAUUCUUAGGUUUGUGUUUUGUAUUGUAGAAACGUGUUUUUGUUACCUUAGAAUGUCCGUGGAGGCUGCCAUUUUAUGUCGCCAGUAGCCCAUAACAGAGAAACCAAACACUCGCUCUAUAUUGGGCCAUUCCUGUUCUUUGCUAAUUUUGCAGCCACCGUAGUUUCUCCCUUGCACUUGGAAGGGGAGGGUGAAGUGAAGGAGUUGCAUUCUGCAAUUGCACCGUUAAAUGCCACUAAAUCCUACA